CGUUCUCGCGGCAGUUCGGUGACACAAGUUGGACGUUAGAAGUCACUGACGUUGAUCGGAGUUGUACGCGGUUCGCUUAGCAACGUGUGUCUUUCCUCGUUAACCGCUCUCAAUUCGCGGCGACGAUGAAGAACUUUUGCAUACUGAUUGCGGCGUUAUUUAUGUUGGCGGGACUCGUUGCCGCCGACGAAAACGAGGAGAAUGUUGGAACCGUGGAGAACGAUCUCGGUGCAAGUCGCGAGGCAUCCCGAACAGAUCAUGAAGCAGUACAAAGAGAAGAAGAAGCGAUAAAGAUAGAUGGGUUAAAUACUGCUCAGAUAAAAGAGCUAAGGGACAAAGCUGAGAAGUUUGCGUUUCAGACCGAAGUCAAUCGUAUGAUGAAGCUUAUCAUUAAUUCCCUUUACCGCAACAAGGAGAUUUAUCUUAGGGAAUUAAUCUCAAAUGCAUCUGAUGCUCUGGAUAAAAUCAGACUGUUGUCUCUUACUGAGAAGAGUGUAUUAGAUACCAACAGUGAACUAGCUAUCAGAAUAAAGGCUGACAAAGAGAAUAAAGUCUUACAUAUAAUGGAUUCUGGUAUCGGUAUGACUAAGCAAGAUUUGGUGAACAAUCUUGGAACUAUUGCAAAGUCUGGGACAGCAGAGUUCUUGGGAAAAAUGCAGGAAGCUACAACUUCUCAAGACAUGAACGAUAUGAUUGGUCAAUUUGGUGUGGGUUUCUACUCUGCAUACUUGGUUGCCAAUGUUGUAGUUGUUACCACCAAACACAAUGACGACAAGCAAUACAUAUGGGAAUCUGAUAGCAGCAGUUUCAGCAUCGUUGAAGAUCCGCGAGGAGACACCUUGAAGAGAGGAACAACUGUCAGUUUGCACCUGAAGGAUGAAGCACUGGACUUCUUGGAGCCUGACACGAUAAAGACUCUGGUAAAGAAAUACUCGCAGUUCAUCAACUUCCCUAUAUAUAUGUGGAACAGCAAGGUCAUCCAAGUAGACGCAGACGAGGACGAGGAUGAUAAGCCCGUAAAGGAAGACGCGGAAAAAGACGUUUCUGAGGACAAGACAGACGAUGAAGACGAUGCAAAGGUGGAAGAGGACGGAGACGAGAAGAAACCCAAGAAAAUCGACAAAACCGUGUGGGAUUGGGAAUUGUUGAACGACUCCAAGCCGAUCUGGACGUUGAAACCAAAUGAAGUCGACGAUAAGGAAUACAAUGAGUUUUACAAAACACUUACCAAGGACAACCAGGAGCCGUUGGCGAAGAUACAUUUCGUUGCCGAGGGUGAAGUUACGUUCAAGUCCGUUCUGUUUAUCCCCAAAGUUCAACCGAGCGAUAGUUUCAAUCGUUACGGCACCAAAUCGGACAAUAUCAAGUUGUACGUAAGGCGAGUCUUCAUUACCGACAAGUUCACCGAUAUGAUGCCAAACUAUCUAUCAUUUAUUCGUGGUAUCGUGGACAGUGAUGAUCUGCCGCUCAACGUUUCUCGUGAGAAUCUUCAGCAACAUAAGCUAAUUAAGGUAAUCAAGAAGAAACUAGUCAGGAAGGUGUUGGACAUGAUCAAGAAGAUCCCCAAAGAGGAAUACGAGAAGUUCUGGAAGGAAUACAGCACGAACAUCAAGCUGGGCUUGAUCGACGACGUGCAGAAUCGCGCGAGACUGUCCAAGCUUUUGCAAUUUAAGUCUUCCACCCAGAAGGAGCUGACCUUCUUGGCGGACUACGUCUCCCGUAUGAAGCCCAACCAGCAGCACAUUUAUUAUAUCGCUGGCUCGUCGGAGGAUGAGGUGAAGAAGUCGCCGUUCGUCGAGCGCCUCGAGAGGAAAGGCUACGAGGUGCUGCAGCUGUCCGAGGCUGCGGACGAGUAUGCUAUCUCGUCGCUGUCCGAGUUCGAAGGCAAGAAGUUCCAGAACGUCGCGAAGGAGGGAUUCACGCUUAACGAAGGUGAGAAGGCGAAGGAGCGAAUGGAGCAGUUGAAGACUACAUUCGAGCCGCUGAUCAAGUGGCUCAACGACAACAUGAAGGAUCACAUCAGCAAGGCACAAGUGUCGGAACGUUUGACCGAUUCACCGUGCGCUCUGGUCGCCAGUAUGUUCGGCUGGACUGGUAAUAUGGAGAGACUGGCAAUCUCGAACGCGCACCAGAAAUCGGACGAUCCGCAGAAGUCUUAUUAUUUGAACCAGAAGAAGACCUUGGAGAUCAAUCCGCGUCAUCCACUCAUUAGAGAGCUGUUGCGUCGUGUCGAGCUCGAUUCGACCGACAAGGUGGCGAAGGACAUCGCUAUGAUGAUGUAUCAAACGGCGACGUUGCGAUCUGGCUACAUGCUCAAGGAGACCGCCACCUUCGCGAACCGCGUGGAGCAGUUGAUGAGGAGGACUUUGGGCAUCUCUGUGGACGAGGUACCCGAGGAGGAAGAGAUGCACGAUGAGGAGAUGGUUAAUAACGACGCGGAGGAUAAGGUAUCGGAUAUUGACGCCGAGGAUGAAAAAGACGAGGAGCACGAUGAAUUAUAAUAAUAGCGAGAAUAUAAGGUGAUGAUUCCAGAGAGAGAGAGAGAGAGAGAGAGAGAGAGAGAGAGAAAGAGAGACAGACUUCUUAUAGAGAGUCGUAGCUAUACAAUGUAUAGUUACAUUCAAAGUUUCGUCGGCUGGCUGCAACCUUGAUGCUCGCGAGCCCGUGCAACACUUACAUGCAAACAGCGCAAGUUUGUUUAAACUUUUUCACUCAUGAUCAUAAACAAACUUUGUUAAAUGCAGUUAUCGUUAAAUCACGUGAUGAGAGAUGACACGCGUGCUAGAAUUUUUUUUUACAUUAAAAUUAAGCUAUUGAUCGUGCAUACUGUCGAAUCAUGUUUUUCAUCAAUAUUGAAAGAAGAAAAUAAGUCUAGAAUUGUGUAUAUGUUCAUUAAUUCUUCCAUGUUGUUUCUUUUUUUUAUGUAAGAGAGCACUGACUGAGCGUUACUGAUGUAACGGGAAUGUCUGAGGCAUGUGUGAAUGCAUUUGUAAAUGAAAUAUUAAACAAUUAUAUUAAAGUAAUAUAUAUAUAUAUAUAUAUACAUACGUCUAUCUUA